AUGCUUUGCCCAAGAGGCCAUGCUACAACUUCUGAAGGAAAGAAGCUGCGCCUUUUCUCCAGGUAUGACUGUGAUGUAUGCCAUGAGAAAGUGUCACAGAGAGGUGGGGUCUACCACAAGUGUGCCGCUGGCUGUGAUUUCCGGGUGUGCGGCUUUUGCAAGAAGGAGGCAGAGCGAACCAACUAUUUCGUGGAGCCCUGCACAUUUGCGUUUCCUGGUGGUCUAGGCCCAUUUAACGUCCAACGCACUCGCUUGCAAGCAGAAGACCUGGCAGCGGGACGCGGGGCUUGGACUCUUCGGAGCUCGUUCUUCCGUCGGGCUCCGAGUCUCCAGCGAUGCUGGGAAGCGCUCCUCCAGAACGGGGUGACCGACGGGCAAGGUGUCACCGUGCACUUGUCACCCCUUGCGCCGGUGAAGCUGAGCUCAGAAGUCCGACAGGCGAACAGCAUCCCAGAUGUUCCUGGGGUCAUGGUGGCGUGGAUGUAUGCGCUUCAAUUGGAGUGGCACAUGAUCCUCAGCGAGGCUGAUGGCCACGAGAACGACGCCACAGCAGAAUUAUCCUUCUUGAAAAUUGGAGGGUUAGUGUACUUUCGCCCAGAAGGGAGAUCAGUUCAGGCGGUUUGUGCGAAUUCUAUUUUCUUCCACCCCAGUGGCUGCAUGCAGUUCUCUGCUCCGCAGCCGUGGUGUUCCGAGUGGACUGCCAAGUUGGCAGAAGCCAGGCGGUUUCAUCAGGUCACGGCGGUAAAAUGGGCAGGUUCUGGUGCUCGCUACGUUUGCUGGAUUUGCCCAGAGGAGAAGCUAUUACAUCCUGGUGCGCGUCAUGGGGGCUUUGCCUUCAUUUUUCACGAGCUGGAUGAGGAGGACAUGGCUGGCAGGGACAGAUUUUUUGAAGUGGUUGGGGCUCCAGUCAGCAGUGAGGCUCGCACUCAGCAAUUGCUUUCGAAGCUGCCGGCUGUGCAUCGGCCACCGGAGAUUCUCCAGUCAGCCCUGCCUUUCCGAGCCGUGGGCGAGCUACCCGCCACGACGCGACACGUGGCCGCCAGUCAGCAGCGCUGCUUCAGGGCCGCGAGUGAUGGGCGCUGGGCACUCCUCGCACACAUCCUCUCCGAGUUUCCUCAGUUGGCCACCGUGGUGGAUGACGAAGGCCAAACGGUUCUGCAUCGCAUCGCCUUAGGCAGGCCAAAGACAAGACGUGCUGCCGAGCUCCUGCGGCUGGUGCACUCGCACGGCGGAGACUUGGACGCUCGGGACGGCAAGGGGCAGAGAGAGCUUAUGAUUUGGGGGAUCUUAUCUUCAAGGCUCAAGCCUGCGAGAUUUGGGGGCUGGCUCCAGAUCUCUUUGCCGAGCCUGAGGUCUGGUUUGACUUCUUUGAUGUCAACAAAGAUGGCCACCUGUCACCACAAGAACUGGUGCCUGCUUUGA